AAGAAACAAACCGGAAGUACGCUUUUAAGGCGGAACUUUUGAAAAUCGUAUGAUUUUGGCUAGUUUUACGUUUAAAAAUUCAAGGUCUUACCAUUCCAGUACUCUACAGUCGGUUAAAAUCUGUGUUUCACCAAAAUGCCUGAGCUGACUAUUCGAGAUGUGUUUGAUCAAUGUCAGACAGGCAUGCAGGGUCACAAUAAGCUACACACUGCUUUGUGGAAACUUCAUGACUCGAUGCCUUUUGAUGAUUUCUGGAAAAGUUUUUUGCAUCACUUGAAGUAUUCUAUGAUCGUGUUCAACCGUGAACCAGCGGUAGAAAGAACUUUGGAUUUUGUUGCCAAAUUUGUAACCUCACCUCCAACUGCAGCGCCAUCUACGAACAAGGAAGAUGAUGCACUGACUGGAGAACAGUCUCUGUUACAGACCAUGUUCAACUUUCUCCUAGAGAACCACAAUGCCUGUGACCGCGCUGUGCGGUUCCGGUGCUGCCAGCUGAUCAACAAGCUGUUGAAUAACUUGGGAGACGAUGCACAGAUCGACGACGACCUGUACGACCGGAUCUAUGAGUGCAUGCUGGAGCGUCUGCGUGAUCGCAUCCCAGUUGUCAGAACACAGGCCGUAUUCUCACUGUCGCGACUUCAGGACCCUACUGACGAAAACUGUCCAGUUAUCAGAGCCUACAUGUUUCUAGUGAGCCGAGACCCCAACUCGGACGUGAGACGAGCGGUUGUGUCGUGUAUCGCUCCGUCCAUCAAGACCCUACCGUCUCUGCUAGAGAGAACUCGCGAUGUUAAAGACAGCGUCCGACAGAUGGCCUACACCGUUCUGGGGGAGAAAGUGCACAUCAAAGCACUGUCUAUUGCUCAGAGAAUCCAGCUACUUCGAGAUGGGCUUAAUGACCGAACUGAAUCAGUGAAGAAGACGUGUCACAGCAAGCUGCUACAGAUGUGGCUGCGUGUGUUCGAGGGGAACAUCCUCGAGUUGCUGCGCAGUCUGGACGUGGAGCACUCGACCGAGACAUGUCAGCAGGUCCUGGACACACUGUUUGAAAACACACCCGUCGCUGAUCUCAUCUGUAACUUCGACCUGCUCGACGACGACAAACUGAUUCCCGAAGACAAACUGACGUGUGAAAAUGUCAUGUACUGGCGGGCUCUCUGUGAAAAUGUUUAUAAGCGAGGGGUUGAAUAUGAGGAGCAUCUCGAACAAAUCUUGCCAAAUUGUGUUACAUUUUGUGGAUACAUGAACAAGUUUUUGGAAAAACUUUCUUCCAAUUACGAUGACCUGAUGACUCGAAUGGAACUGGAAUUCAUUGGGCAAGAGCUGCUAAUACUGAUGAAGUGUUUCGAUAUUUCUGAUCAAGCGAGCAGAAAGCAUGUUGAGAAGUUUCUCCACGACAUGCUGGUGUCGGAGUUUGUGUCACCCAGUCUGGUGGAGCACAUCAUUCCUCAGCUGCACAACGUCAAGACAAACGUGGACGACCUGAUUGGCUAUCUUGCAGAAACCAUCUCUGAGAUCAGACAGCCAAUCACUACCGUCGAGACAGGACUCAGUCAGGACGAAAUGCGGCAGAUUGAUCUCAAAAUUGCCCGUAUUCGUGUUGAGGUGAACCAGUCGCGUGAGGAGCUGGAGGAGUGUGUAAGAAACCAGGAGUUUGAGCGAGCCGCAGAGCUGAAACAGACCGUAGCGGAGCUUGACAUUGAACGCGCCAAGCUGCUGGAAUCAGCUCAGCCACAGACCGAGGAGAUAAGAACUGAAAAGGAUGAUCCUGUUACAGUUCACAAGUGUUUGAUUAUAAUAUGUCAGAUGUUACAACUUCUUCCCAUCAAGACGAUGUCUCCCACUUUACAGAUGCUUCUAGAAAGUCAGAUUGUUCCUGGUAUACAGAGUGAAGUUGCCGACAUCAGGAACGCUGCGGUGCGUGGUCUCGGUCUGUGCUGUCUGCUGAAACAGGAGAUUGUUAUGCAGCACCUACCACUACUCAUGCAGGUAUCACAAGUUGACACUGAAGGUGUGCGUGUAACCGCUCUGGAGGCGAUGUUCGACAUCAUCCACUGCUUUGGUCUGGAUGUAAUCAAGGGAGAAAACCCUAUGUCAACAGACCGCCCGGAACAGGUGGAAAACGGUGAACAGGAUGGUGAUCUCCCCUCGGAGAAUAGCGUCGCCGAGUGCUCGACGGAAUCUGAACCAGAUGUCGAGACGCCCAGUUCUCCGAGUGAGGCUGCAGCCAAGUUGGUGGCAAUCCUUAGUGCCUUUCUCGACAGUGACAGUAGUGAGCUGCGAACCGUAGCCGCCGAGGGUCUGGCUAAACUGCUGCUGUCUGGGAGAGUGGUAUCUUCCAAACUCGUGUCCCACCUCCUGCUGCUGUGGUACAACCCGGUCACAGAGGACGACAGUCAUCUCAGACAUUGUCUCGGAGCUUUCUUCCCAGUCUUUGCCUUCGCUUGCAGAACAAAUCAAGAACUGUUUGAGGAAGCCUUCAUUCCCACAUUGAACACCAUCCUCGACGCUCCCACCUCGAGCCCCCUCUCGGAGAUUAACGCUCAGAACGUCUCAGACUUGCUCAUUCAGCUGGUCAAUUCUAAACUCAUCAUUGCCAACCAGAACACACAGGUUUCAGACAACCCGGGCCAUGACAACAUCGCUGUCAAAGUGUGUAACGAGAUCCUCACGAACCCGGACUCGUUCAGCCUCAAGCUGUGGACUCGCAUCCUCAACCACCUCGACAUCGGCACAGACAAAACACACCUACAGCAACUCAAGGUGCUCUGUGAACAGAUCUUGAAUGUUGUUAAGGAGAAGCCGUUGUUGAAAGCACUGAACAAGUUCCAGAACACUAUCGAAUGUCUGUUGGAUGAAGGUGGAGCUAAGGAUGUCACGACAGAAAAUCCGUCGGAGACGACCGAUAACAACGCCGAUACGUCAGAAAUGAACACCACGGCCGUGGCAGACCUGACGGAAAGCGAGGAGACCCUGUCAAAACUUGCCACGUCGUUCACAGCAACCAGGGCAAUCAAGAAGUCAAGAGCCAAAUCUGUCAAGACUCCAGUUUCAACUUGCAUUCCCAACUUGCAGACUGCCUGUAAAUCUUCCUCAGCUGCCAGAACUACAAGGAAGAAAAAUGUUGAUGAAAGUGACAUAGAAAACAACGUAUUUCACUCGUCCCAACCACUUCGACGAUCACUGAGGACAGAUCACGCAGAUAAUGUGGAAGACGCAAGGAAGAGUUUGGAGCAUUUGUUGCUUGGUACGAAGCAGGCUAAAACAGGAGAGGAAAAAUCUCUCACACCAAAACGACCUUCAAAACAAAUUCUACGCGAUGUUUUGGCCGAUUUGAAGAACUCUUCACAGUGAUUAAAACUCCUACAACUAAUUAGAUUUCAACCUCGCAGAGAGAAGAAACAGCAAUAAACUCACAUGUUCUCUUAUUUUAAAAUGUUUUGGAUAGUGUAAGCAGGAAUAAUGAUGUCUUUGAUUGUUUGCCUUUGUAAACAAGUGAGUUUUAACUUAGCUAAAAUUGUGAACAAUAAUGGGAGUCACUGACAAAUUCAUCUGUACAUUUACUUCUGCUAAUAAAAUAUUAAUAUUUAGAAAAAAUAAUAAAACAUUUUUAAAACUUGACCACACUUCCAACUAACGAUUAUUAUUUUAGCAAUUGACAUGUUGGUAAAUUAUGAAUGAUGUUAUUUUUUUCCAUUUCCACAGUGAUCAGUCAUUUUUGACGACAUAUUUUAGGUAUACAUUAUAUUAUUCAUCACAACAAAAAAUAUUCCAUCACCGGUUUGUUUUAUGUUGUUUUGAAAUUCAAAAAUGGACAUUUGGGUAUCUUCUCUUUUUUUUUGUAAUUCGAGUUUUACAAUUUGUGAUUUUGAGAUGUUUCUAACACUAUUUUCAUGUUGUCAUUACUUUAUUCAUGUAGUACUUACCUUAGCUUGUGAUACCCAGUAGCCAAGGUGUUCUUUGUGCUGGGUGGUGUUAAAACAAUCGGUCAGUCAUUCAUUCUAUUUUCAAAUUGUACAUACGUCGAAAUGGUAAUUACAAGCACACUUAAAGACAGCAUUAGUUACACAUACUUGUAAGUGGGAGUGAAAGUCAAUUAGGAGUAGACUACACUUUGUUUACCUCCCAAGUUUCAUUCACUUUCAACUGAUCCUGUUACCUGUUAUGUAGAACCACCUGUUCAUAGUACCCAUGUUUUAUAGGUUAUUUGGUAGGCCUUCGGAUGAAUUCGGCUAUACAUAUAUUUGCAUUUUGUUUAAUGUUCUCAGUUUUAUUUGAUCCUAAUCAAAGAUAGAUGACAAAUGUUUGUAUUGUUAAUAAAGUUUCAACUUUUCUGCUCUCACUCUGUAUACUUGCUAGGUGUAAAAUGUAUGUCAUGGAUAGUUGAUAUGAAAACUUUAAUGUUGAAUAAAUAUUGUCCUGUU